ACACCAGAAUUGGAAAAAUGUCGAGAUCCUGUCAGGGUCUUCUGGUUUAGAGGUGGAAGAAGUUAGAAAUGGGAAGGGGUUUGAGCACACAGAUGAGGAUUCUGAAGACCAGGGUAAAGAGCGGAUCUCGCGGCGGCGGCAGCAAGAGCCUCGGCUCCGGGCAGGGAGCCGGAGAGACAUGAGCUUUUCUGGCACCAAAGCCCUGAGCAGCAGCGCCAAGAACCAGGACACUGUUGGCAUGAAGGUGAAGAAGGCGCCGCCGAGCGAGGGGCUCCCGGCUACCACCGAGGAGGAGCUGCUGAAGAAGGAAACUGUGACCCCCGAGGACGUGCUGGGGCUGCAGAAGAUCACCCAGAAUUAUUUAUGUGCUCCUGAAGACAACGUUUACAAUAUCGAUUUCACACGGUUCAAAAUUCGGGACAUGGAAUCAGGCGCCAUCUUAUUCGAAAUCACCAAACCACCUUCCUCCGACCGUGACCAAGGAGAUAAGAAAGAGGUGGACAGCAACGCUGGGCGGUUUGUACGCUACCAGUUCACUCCAGCCUUCCUUCGCCUCCGACAAGUUGGAGCCACGGUUGAGUUCACAGUGGGCGAUAAACCCAUUAACAGCUUCCGAAUGAUCGAGAGACACUAUUUCCGGGACCAGCUGUUGAAGAGCUUUGACUUUGAGUUUGGGUUCUGCAUCCCCAGCAGCAAGAACACGUGUGAGCACAUCUACGAGUUCCCGCAGCUCUCUGAGGAGCUUAUUCAGGAAAUGGUCACACGACCGUACCAGACUCAGUCAGACAGUUUCUACUUUGUGGAUAACAAGCUGGUGAUGCACAACAAGGCCGACUAUGCCUAUGGAAACGGACCUUGAGAAGGCGGCCAGCUCCGUGCUGCUUCCGACUCUGUAGCAUCGCCCUCGGGGAGCCCGAGCCUGCGGAACGCCAAGAGCAUCAGGGAAUGUCAGAUGGGGAGCCUCUGGUUCAGCUCCUGUCACUCCUAACCCAUUAACCUGUGGUUUCUCACUGCGAUCACUGACACCAAUCAGAAUAACCCUUCAGUGUCACCCCUUUCACCCUGAUCCUUCGAUAAAUUCACUGUGUUUGAGAUCAAGGAGCUGGGGUCCCACAGAGAGGUGGCAGCUUGAGGAGGGCAGUGCCUCCCCAUGGCUGCUCAGCAGAGACCCUGAGCUCAAAAUAGGACAUUACUGUCUGAGGCCAGCGUCCACUCAACAUUGAUCUCGAGUAUCUCCAUUUAGACAAUCAGGGUGUCUCAGCCUGGGCUUUCCAUAAGGAUUGGUGUUAAUUUCCCAGUGACGUGGUGGGAGUGAGCCUGCAGGUUUCCCUGUUUGCUGUUCUCUGUGUUUCUGUGUUUAUCAGCAACUGGACUGGCCGAGUCUUUAGUGUGUCCCCACUGCCCCCCAGUGUGACCCGGUUUCUAGUGCUUGACCUUACACAUUUGAAUUUAAAUAUUUAUUUUUUAAGUAGAACUGGGCGAGGAGAAAAGUCAAAUUAUUUUAAUUUCCCGAUCCUUUGUGCUGAUUGUUUUUUUUGUCAGUCUGUGAGAAUUUGUUGAGAUUCUGUAAAAUUACUUCAAGUUUCUUGCUCUUUAUUGUGAAGUUGUUGAGUGUAAUGUCACCUGAACAAUAGCUCAACAUGUAUAAAAAGAACUUUGAAAAAGA